AUGAAAGUGAUCCAAUCUUCGAGACACGGCCUGCCACCGCCUGAUGCCAAUGCCACCCAAGACAUACCAUCCUUAUGUGAAUCCACUAGGAAACACAGCUUGCCUUACUUCAGAGACCUUUUGUCUAAGCUGAACUCUUCAACUGGUUGCCCUCCUGUAAGUUGUAUAGUUUCUGAUGGUGUCAUGAGCUUCACUCUUGAUGCAGCCCACGAACUCGGCAUCCCAGAAGUGCUUUUCUGGACAACAAUUGCUUGCGGCUUCUUGGCCUAUGUACACUACCACCGCCUCAUUGAAAAGGGUCUCACUCCUCUCAAAGAUGCCAGUUAUUUGACAAACGGCUAUUUGGAGACGCAGAUAGAUUGGAUACCAGGCAUGAGAGGCAUCCGACUAAAGGACAUCCCCAGCUUCAUUAGAACCACAGACCAAGAUGAUCUCAUGCUGGAUUUUCUGGUGCAUGAAACAGAGCGAACUCGAAAAGCUUCUGCUGUCGUCUUGAACACCUUCCAUGACUUGGAACAUGAAGCUUUAGAUGCACUUUCAACUUUGCUACCGCCUAUUUACUCCAUUGGACCCCUACAUCUACAGAUUAACCAGAUCCCGUCAGAUAGCGAGUUGAAGGACAUAAGAUCAAACCUAUGGACAGAGGAACCAGAGUGUCUAGAAUGGCUUGACUCUAAAGAACCUAACUCUGUGGUUUAUGUCAACUUCGGAAGCAUCACAGUGAUGACAGCAGAGCAGCUAAUUGAGUUUGCUUGGGGACUUGCAAACAGCAAUCAGACCUUUUUUUGGGUGAUUAGGUCUGAUCUUGUUGGUGGGGAUUCAGCUGUGGUUCCACCAGAGUUUGUGGAAGAGACCAAAGAAAGGAGCCUAUUGGCAAAUUGGUACCCUCAAGAACAAGUCCUGAGCCAUCCGGCUGUAGGAGGGUUCUUGACUCACAGUG